UUGCAUGUUGCUUAGUCAUUUCAUCAGGGAUUCUGCAGCGAAAAGGGUAGAGAAGUUCCCUUCUCUCUAGCCGACUUCUAUCAAAAUGGCCAGUGCCUCUCAUAAGCGGACGUUGGCGCUUUUUGUUGGCAUGAUGUGCCUGGUGGCGAUAUUAGCUGCACCGCAACGAGGAAAUCGUCCUCAGCAACCACCAAGAAACAAUCAGACGUCUUCAAACAAUCAGAACCAGGGGGUUACACCCAGCAACAAUCAGAACCAGGGAGAAGAUGAUUAUGAUCAACAAGACAACGAUAACAAUGGUGGCAGACCCUCCAACAGUAAUGGUAAUGGAGGGAGACCAAAUAACGGUGGGAGACCCAACAGUAACCAAAAUCAAGGAGGGAAUAAUGGCGGUAGACCAAAUAAUGGCAACAAUGGAGGCAGACCCAACAAUAACCAGAAUCAAGGAGGCGACGACACUGAUCAAAAUGGGCAGCAAAGUCAACAGGGGAAUGGGCAACCGAACAAUAACGGGGGAGGAAGACCUAACAAUGGAAAUGGCAGACCCAACAAUAAUCAAAAUCAAGGAGGAAAUGACCACGAUUAUGAUGACCAGAACAAUCAACAAAAUAAUGACAACAAUGGACGUCCUAAUAACAAUGGUAAUUCUGGUGGGAGACCAUCUAAUGGCAACAAUGGAAACGGUCGCCCCAGUAAUAAUGGAAAUAACAAUGGGGGUGGUAAAAAUCAAGGUAACAGCAAUGGCAACAACGAGAAUAGCCAAGAUAAUGGGAACGGAAAUAAUGGUAACAAUCAAGGAAACGGAAACGACAGCAAUGGACAAGGUAAUAAUAACCAGGGAGGGAACAAUCAAAAUGGCUGUGAAAGAAGACGGUGCUGCAGCCCAAGACGCAGGGGUGGAAGCAAAGGUAGGAACAAAUGCAGAAGUCGCAGCAGAAAUCGCGACUGCGAGAGGGAAAGACCAGAUAGGAGGGGCCGAAAGAGAAGCAAGAGCCGCCGCAGCAAGUCCCGGGACAGAGAAUGCUAAAAAAUAAAAAAUAUUUCUGAAUCACUAUGUAGUUUUAUCAAACUAAUUUUGUUGUAUUUUGGUUUGUGUGGAGGGCUAAUAAAAUGUUUUUUACUUUG